GGGUACCGCCCCCGCUGGGCGGGGCACGGCGCCGCCCCGCCCCCGGCGUGGCCUGACCUUCGCCGGCUGCCGUAGCCGGGGUGCUGGGAAAUGGCGGCGGCGGCGGCGGCGGCGGCGCGCGGGGCUGUGGCGGGGAUCGUGGGUCGCUGGGCCUCGUGGGCCGCCCGCUGCCCCGGCGCGGGGCGCGCUCUCUCCGGUCUCUCCGGCCGGUGCGUCAGGCUGGUGCGGGUACCAGCGGCCGCCCCGCUGUGGAAACCGCGGCUUCUGUGGGGGAGCCUGUCGGGGGGAGGCACCCCCCCGGUCCUCAGCAGUGUCACAUCUCUACUUCCAAGUAUACUUCAACAGCCAGUGAGGACUCUCACUUACUGUAGCUUACGGAAUGGGAAGAGGAAAACCGUGAAGGCUGUUGUCGAUAGGUUUCUCCGGCUGCACAAUGGCCUUUGGGUUAGGAGAAAGGCUGGUUAUAAGAAGAAACUGUGGAAGAAGUCAGCCGCCCAGAGAAAGCGUUUGAGAGAGCUGGUGGUGUGCACUAGAACGCAAUGUAAACUCCUUGACAAAAUGACCACUUCCUUCUGGAAAAGAAGAAAUUGGUACGUUGAUGAUCCCUACCAGAAGUAUCAUGAUCGCACGAAUCUUCGUGUGUAGAAAUCUUGGUUUCAUUUUUGCAUAUCUCUAGGAAAGAGGUGGUGCUACAUGUCAUAUGGUCUGAAUUUUAGAACAUAAAUCUGUAAUACCUGUUGCUUUUCUAAAUAAACAUAUGCAUAUCAUCUGAUCAGAAUUGUGAGUAUCAGUGCCCAAAAUAAAGGAAUAUUCAAGAUCA